AAUGCGUCACUUCCGGUAGGCGGUGGAAGGAGGAAGUCGGUGGCGGUUGUGCGGCUGGCCGGCCGGCGUGGAUCGAGAUGCGGGCCCCCCAGCUCCUGGUGCUCUUCGGCAGCCAGACUGGCACAGCUGAGGACCAGGCAGAGAGGCUGCGCCGCGAGGCCCGGCGGCGGCGUAUGGGCUGCCGCGUGCAGGCGCUGGACGCCUACGCGGUGGCGGAUCUGAUUAAGGAACCUUUGGUGAUAUUUGUUUGUGCGACCACAGGCCAAGGAGACCCUCCUGACAACAUGAAGAACUUCUGGAGGUUCAUAUUCCGGAAAAGCCUGCCAUCUACCUCCCUCUGUCAGAUGGACUUUGCUGUCCUAGGCCUCGGGGACUCCUCAUAUGCCAAGUUCAACUUUGUGGCUAAGAAGCUGCACCGCCGGCUGCUGCAGCUAGGGGGCAGUGCCCUCCUGCCCCCAUGUCUGGGUGAUGACCAGCAUGAGCUAGGGCCUGAUGCUGCCAUUGACCCCUGGCUGGGAGACCUGUGGGAGAAGGUACUGGGUCUGAACCCAGUACCCCCUGACCUCCCUGAGAUCCCUCUUGGAGUCCCCUUGCCUUCCAAGUUCACCUUCCAGUUCCUCCAGGAGGCCCCUAGCACAGGCACUGAGGGGCCAAGUAUAGCCAGCACAGUGCCUCAGGGACCCCCAUCAGAGUCACAGCCCUUCCUGGCACCUGUGGUCACCAACCAGAGGGUCACUGGCUCCCAACAUUUCCAGGAUGUUCGGCUGAUAGAGUUUGACAUCACAGACUCCAGUAUCAGCUCUAGUGGCUUUUCAUACAGCUUUGCUGCUGGUGAUGUGGUGUUAAUUCUGCCCUCCAACUCAGAGGCCCACAUCCAGAAGUUCUGCCACGUCCUGGGCCUGGACCCUGAUCAGUUCUUCCUGCUUCAGUCACGGGAACCAGGUGUCCCCUGCCCACCAGGGCUGCCCCAGCCCAGCUCUGUGAAGCAUCUUGUGUCCCAGUACUUGGACAUCACCAGUGUGCCUCGCCGUUCCUUCUUUGAGCUUUUAGCCUGUCUCUCCCCACAUGGGCUGGAACGGGAGAAGCUGCUGGAAUUCAGUUCUGCCCAAGGCCAGGAAGAGCUCUGGGAGUACUGUAACCGGCCUCGCAGGACCAUCUUGGAGGUGCUAUGUGACUUCCCACACACGGCUUGCGCUAUUCCACCAGACUACCUCUUGGACCUCAUCCCACAGAUCCGCCCACGGGCCUUCUCCAUCGCCUCUUCCCUACUGGCUCAUCCCACAAGGCUACAGAUCCUUGUAGCUGUGGUACAGUACCAGACUCGCCUCAAGGAGCCCCGCCGGGGCCUCUGCUCUUCCUGGCUGGCAUCUCUGGAUCCUGGGCAAGCACAACCUGUCCGGGUGCCCCUAUGGGUGCGGCCUGGGGGCCUUGUGUUCCCAGAGACACCAGACACACCUGUUAUUAUGGUGGGGCCUGGAACUGGUGUGGCCCCCUUCCGAGCAGCCAUUCAGGAGCGUGUAGCCCAGGGCCAGACUGGAAACUUUUUAUUCUUUGGAUGCCGAAAGCGGGAUCAGGACUUCUACUGGCAGACUGAGUGGCAGGAACUGGAGAAGAGGGGCUACCUGACCCUAGUCACAGCCUUCUCCCGGGAGCAGGAGCAGAAAGUAUAUGUGCAGCACCGGCUCCAGGAGCUAGGGCCGCUUGUCUGGGAGCUGCUGGAUCGCCGAGGUGCCCACUUCUAUCUAGCAGGCAAUGCUAAAUAUAUGCCCACGGAUGUUGAGGAAGCCCUGACGUCUGUCUUCCAAGAAGAAGGCCAGCUUUCCAACGCCGAUGCAGCUGCCUACCUUGCCAGGCUCCAGCGGACACUGCGCUUCCAGACAGAGACCUGGGCCUGAGGAGUCACUUUGCCAGCCCACACCACACUGGCAGCUGCUCUGGAGGCCUACUAGAGAAUCUAGAGGGCCCAUUGUCAUCUCCUGGCCCUCUCUGAUCUCACAGCACUUUUUUUAGAUUCAUUGUGUGGUUUCCCAGCCCCAGCUGAGCAAGAGGACACCCCCCGCCUCAUACACCCACAGUCUAUGGAACCCAGGGUCCCACUCAGCCCCAACCGUACUGCAGCCUAUACCCUUGCUGCCUCUCUGUCCAUUCUGCCCCAAACUUGUGGCCCACACUACCCUGGACCAGCACAACGCCCCAGGAAGGCAGCCAUUGUUCUGGGAACCAGGGACCUGUGAGCCCUCCAAGGAGUAUGGGGUCCUGUGAGGGCUGCACAGCCCCUCUGCUUUGGUGCAGCCAUCCCAUAGCACCUGUGGGGCUCAGGCUCAGGGAAGAGGCUGCUAGAACCCAGGUCUCCUGAGUACUUGAAAGGGGCAAGCUUGUCUAUCUCCUGGUCUAUAAGCAUCAGCAGUAAACUGCCCUGGUAGCUGCUCCC